AGGCGUCUUCGGUCGUAGGCCGUCCCCGGCCAGCAGCCACUAGAGCCCAGCGCCUGCUCUCAGACAGGAACAAGGAGAAGGCUCGGACCGGACUUCCACGUGGGCACGGAGGCGGCCAUCUCGCGUCCUGGCAGGAGCAGUCCGCGGGGUCAGAGCGGCAGCCGGACCGGGAGCUGCCGCCCGUACUCAAGAUGGCGGCCAUGGAGGGCGUGGCCUGUGACUCGGAGGUUCCGAAAAGGUGCCGUAUCAUGGCGGCGACGGAGGAGCGGAGCCGAGAGGAAGAAGAAGAGGAAGAAGAGGAGGCAGAGCAGUUGGUUCUGGUGGAAUUGUCCGGAAUUAUUGACUCAGACUUUCUAUCAAAAUGUGAAAAUAAAUGCAAGAUUUUGGGAAUUGACACUGAGAGGCCCAUUCUGCAAGUGGACAGUUAUGUCUUUGCUGGAGAGUAUGAAGGUGCUUUCAACUUUUCUGCAGACACUCUUGGGACCUGUGUUAUUUUCGAAGAAAAUGUUGAACAUGGUGAUGCAGAAGGCAGUAAUAGAACAGUGUUAAAAUAUAAGUGCCAUACAAUGAAGAAGCUCAGCAUGACAAGAACUCUUCUGACAGAAAAGAAGGAAGGAGAAGAAAACAUAGGUGGUGUGGAAUGGCUGCAGAUCAAGGACAAUGAUUUCUCCUAUAGACCCAACAUGAUUUGUAGCUUUCUGCAUGAAAGUGAAGAUGACGAUGUGGUAGCUCCAGCCUCAGAGAAACCUUUGGAGCUGGAAGAGCAAGAGAUUCAAAUGAAAGAUAGUUCAAACCUGAGUUAUGAACAGGGGAAACCACUGAACUUGGAGAUAGAGAAUUCUGGUUCUCUUACUGAUAUCCCUUCUGAGUCAGAAGGUUCUGUAUUUAUGGAAACUCAAGAUACUGCCUUAGAAAUCACUCCUAGAUGAAAUGUUUCUCAUAGUAACUAGUAACAAACUUUUUGGAGCUUUUAUAUAAAAUAAUUGACUGUGUA